GUGCAACUUAUUAUUUACUUUCAUUUUCGGGACACUAUAUAUAGGGAGUGUACCAAAACUUUAUGCAACGGACCAUGAUUUGAUUACAACUGAACCGAGACCUUCCACACCAAAAUGGGUCUCCUUUUCAGAGGAGCGAUGUCACGUGUUGCACGGAUUCCCGGCUGUGCUUACCUUUCGAGCACCACCAAAGCCACACCGGAAGUUAAAGUUCACAAAAAUCGUCUCAGCAAACAGUUGACCUUACGGUCUGUGGCCCAAUACCCGGAAAAGAAACCUCGUGACCUUGUUUUGUUCUAUGAAUGGUUAUAUCCAAAUGGUAAGGCUGUUGACAAGUACUGUAUGCUUUACCAUGAACUUGGAUUUGAUGUUCUGACAAUAAAGGGGCAGAUGGCGUCCUUUGUUUGGCCGCCAGUGUCUGUAAAGCUAUCGCAAGAGAUCCUUGCUUUUCUGAAAAACAAGCGGAAUCCAAAGGAAGACAAAUAUAUUGUCCAUGCCUUCUCCAUUGGUGCUUACAAUUUUACGACGUGUUCCAUGAUCUCUAGUAGCCAAAGCAGCGAGUUUGGCUUCUUUCGAGAGAACAUCCGGGGUCAGGUCUUUGACAGUGUAGUGGCGGGGAGCUACGACCACAUGGUCACUGGAAUCUGUGAAAGCUUAUCUGUUCCACGACCCCUCAGGAAACCGUUACACGUACUCAUGGACUCGUUCUUCAAGCUCACAAAGAAAAAAACCACAGACGUAUACGACCAAAUGGUGAGCCAUUUCUGGGGGAGCGUGGUAAAGGUCCCUACACUGGUUUUCUUUUCUGAGAACGACCCUAUGUGUGAUGCCUCCUACGUCACGAAAGAGAUAACCAAGUGGAAAGAGAAAGAGAUGGACGUGACGUCCGUCUCCUGGAAGAAAUCUAUACACGCAGCACAUCUAAAAGAGCACCCUCAGGAUUAUAUGAGAGAAUGGAAUACACUGAUGAAUAAACUUGGAAGGUGAAGAAGUUCCGAGUACAAAGUUGUAAUGAUGAGAGCGCGUGAAAAACAACCAAGACAUUAGUACUUAUAGUAAGACAUUAGUACUUAUAGUAAGACAUUAGUACUUAUAGGUAAGACAUAAGUAAGACAUUAGUACUUAUAGUAAGCACUAAAAGAUGUUCUUACUAGAGAAUUUACUAUUGUAAUUAUUGACAAUACACAAUUUCUCAAGAAGGAAAACAAUGUAGUGCUGAAUGCAAACUUAUAUUGUAUGUAGCUUUGUAAAUACUUUGAAAUGAUAUCUGUUUGAUAAAUAAAUUAAAUCAACAUGCACAAUUAGACAAAUAUUUAAUCAUAUACCCUCCUAUCUAAUUUGACAAGGAUUUCAAAAAUGUAACAACACUAGUUUAUUACAAAUAUAUUGAUCUCAGUGACAAUAAAACAUGUAACAAUUUAA